AUGGCAGUUGCAAGAGAUCUUUUAGGGAAAAACAACAAUAUAAUAUCUGUGAUUGGAGAUGGAGCCAUGACUGCAGGACAAGCAUAUGAGGCCAUGAACAAUGCAGGGUACCUUGAUACUAACUUGAUUGUUGUAUUAAAUGACAAUAAGCAAGUAUCUUUGCCCACUGCUACCCUCGAUGGCCCUGCAACUCCUGUUGGAGCUCUGAGCAGUGCUUUAUCCAAGCUCCAAGCAAGCCCCAAGUUCCGCGAACUUCGUGAAGCUGCAAAAAGUAUCACAAAGCAAAUUGGAGGGCAAACACAUAGAGUUGCGGCAAAAGUAGACGAGUAUGCGAGGGGUAUGAUUAGUGCGUCUGGGUCAACUCUCUUUGAGGAGCUCGGGUUAUAUUACAUUGGCCCAGUGGAUGGACACAAUAUUGAAGAUUUAGUCACCAUUUUCCAAAAGGUAAAAGCAAUGCCUGCACCAGGGCCAGUUCUGAUCCACAUUGUAACAGAGAAAGGGAAGGGUUAUCCUCCAGCAGAAGCAGCUCCUGAUAAAAUGCAUGGGGUCGUCAAGUUUGACCCUAAAACAGGAAAGCAAUUUAAGGCCAAAUCCUCCACACUUUCUUAUACCCAGUACUUUGCCGAAGCCCUUGUAAAAGAAGCUGAGGUAGAUAACAAGAUUGUAGCCAUCCAUGCAGCAAUGGGUGGUGGAACUGGCCUCAAUUAUUUCCAGAAGAGGUUUCCAGAUCGCUGUUUUGACGUAGGUAUUGCCGAGCAACAUGCCAUCACAUUCGCAGCUGGUUUAGCCACAGAGGGUAUCAAGCCAUUUUGUGCUAUCUAUUCAUCAUUCCUGCAAAGAGGCUAUGAUCAGGUGGUGCAUGAUGUAGAUCUUCAGAAACUACCUGUCCGCUUUGCAAUGGAUCGGGCUGGUUUGGUUGGGGCAGAUGGUCCCACCCAUUGUGGAGCAUUUGAUAUCACAUAUAUGGCUUGCUUGCCUAACAUGGUGGUCAUGGCUCCAUCUGAUGAAGCAGAGUUGAUGCACAUGAUUGCCACAGCAGCAACCAUCGAUGACAGACCAAGCUGCUUCAGGUUCCCAAGGGGUAAUGGAGUUGGAGCGGUUCUUCCUCCCAACAACAAAGGAAUACCAAUCGAGAUUGGAAAGGGAAGAAUAGUGAUGGAAGGCAAUAGACUUGCUAUUUUGGGAUAUGGUGCAAUAGUUCAACAAUGUAUACAAGCAGCUGGCUUGCUCAAAUCCCAAAACAUAAAUGUGACAGUAGCUGAUGCUAGGUUCUGCAAACCGUUAGAUGCAGAACUUAUCAAGAGAUUGGCGAAAGAGCAUGAAUUCUUAAUCACCGUGGAGGAAGGUUCCAUUGGAGGUUUCGGAUCUCAUGUAGCUCACUUCCUAAGCUUAAAUGGCAUACUAGACGGACCCCUUAAGAGCAUCCUGCAGUUAAGAGCUAUGGUACUUCCUGAUAAAUACAUAGACCAUGGAUCACCCCAAGAUCAGAUUGAAGAAGCAGGACUCUCUUCGCAACACAUCUGCGCCACGGUGUUAUCACUACUGGGGAAGCCUAAAGAAGCUCUCAAGUUCAAGUGA